AUGCCGGGAAGAUCAACAACCGAGGCAAUUCAUAUUUUGCGGAGACUGAUAGAAAAGUAUAGGGUGCGAAAGAAACAUUUGCAGCUGGUGUUUAUUGACCUAGAGAAAGCGUACCAUAACAUACCACGAAGCAUCGUUUGGGAUAGCCUCAAGAAUAAAGGUAUUUCACGAAGGUACAUUGAGGGAUCAACACCAAGUCCUUUCAUUUUUAUGGUCAUUAUGGAGGAAAUCUCUAAAUCCAUGUGGGAAAGCGUACCAUGGUGCAAGCUUUUCGCCAACGAUAUAGUUUUGGUCGCAGAAACCAAGAAGGAGGCUAAUAGUAAAUUGGAAGAGUGGAGAGAAGCCUUGGAGGAUAAGGAGUUGUGCAUAAGCCGUACGAAUACAGAAUACUUGCGAUGCAUUUCAGUGGGACAUAAUCGAUAG